GGAGAAGAAGAAGAUCGUCGAAUUUGCCAACGUUCCAACUUCCCCAACUUCUUGGUUCAAUUCAACCUUCACUCCAACCCUUUUCUUCUCCUGAGGCUCAGAGAUCCGAAUUUCAUUGCCGAGAGAGAGAUAGAGUUUUGAAUCAAAGAGCUUGGAAAGAAAGCACGAAUCUUUUUUCUGCUUGCUUUGCUGAGGGGAAAUGUCGAAAGAAAACAAGGUGAGAACCAAAGUCGUCGUUAGGCAUUUGCCUCCAACGCUUUCCAGCUCCGACCUCUUCUCCCAGUUCGAUCAUCUCUUCUCCGACCGCUACAAUUGGGUCUCCUUCCGCCCCGGAAACACCAGUAGGAAGAGUCGGAACCAGAGGCAUUCUCGUGCUUAUAUUGACUUCAAGAGCCCUGGGGAUGUGACGGAGUUUGCACAGUUCUUCAAUGGCCAUAGAUUUGUCAAUGAAAAGGGUGCUCAGUUCUGUGCUGUAGUUGAAUACGCUCCAUCUCAGCGUGUUCCUAAGCAGUGUGCUAAUGAUAGUCGAGAAGGGACCGUUCUCAGAGUACCUUCUCUUAUUGCCAAAUAUUUUUGGAGUAAUUGUAGUUCUUCUCUGAGAAUAGAUCCGGACUAUCUGGAGUUCCUCAAGCUGAUUGCAAAACCUGUGGAGUGUGUUCGCAGUUCUGAAUUUCAGUUUGAAAGAAAAGAGGCUGAACAAUCAGAGACUUUGAAGGGCAGCAUUGUCGUUACACCCUUAAUGGAGUUUGUGCGCCAGAAACGAGAAGCACAGUAUAUUACAAAGGUCCACCCAAAGAAGCCCAGUGGUAAGGAGAAGGUUCUCAUCAAUAAUGCAUUUGGAGUAGAAGCCAAACCUCCCCCUUCCACCCAGAAAGAAAGAUCACAAAAUACGUCCACUCCUAGAGUUCGAGCUUCUCCAAAGACGAUAAAUAAGACAGCUGAUUCUAGAAAGAAGAAGACCCUGCAGGAUAAAGGAAAGAAGCACAAAACUUCACUUAACCAUGGGAAUGACUCUAGUGAAAAGCUGAUAAAGCGCAUCCUCUUAAGUUGUGAAUCACGUCAAAAGGAACCUUUAGCAGCUGCCUAUCCUCAAGAGAGAUAUCAUCAACAGCAGUGCGAGAAUGAAAAGAACCAGAUUACACCAAUGGGACUAGGAUCAACCAACAUUAGCCCGCGUAAGAAACCCCAUCCGACUAUUAGUGGUUCUGAUCAAAACAGAAUUACAGACAAUCAGUCUUUGAAAAAGGCCACACGUUCAACUGAAAAGCGCACCAGGAACAAGAGAAAAAUUGAUAAACCAACACUUGGUGUCCCGAGUCCAGGUCUUCCAUCUAAUCAACAACACGUUGAUAAGGAAUGUAAUGAGUCCCAUCAGCUUCAUGCUAAUGGUGCAGGGGGAAAAGUUGUUUCCCAUGAAGUUGCGAAAGUUAUGAAGAAUGAUGUAUCCUACGCAAGUAAAGCUAAGGGGAAAUCAUCGAAAAAAGGAGUUGGUACUGGCCACCCUGGUCUUGAGAAGCAAGUUUGGGUUCCGAAGUCAAGCACAGCUUCUUAGGCACUUUGAUUUGGUAUGGUGUCUUGCUAUUAUCUCAAGGAAAAUUCUCUGAAAGUUCAAUGCCCUUACCAAUCAAAGCUCACUGAUUUUUUCAGAUUGCCACGGCUUUAAGUUGAUGCAUUGUGUAUUCCUAUAAAGCCUUGUGGAAAUGGUAUGCAUUCUGAGCAAGCUUCCCGAGGAACAAAGUGAACCCCAGGGCAGUUCUUGUCACAAACACACUACGCAGAAGGCAGUGAAAUGCUCUGCACGUCUGAAGUGAAUCAAUGGGAGAUAUAAUUCCUCGCUACGGGAAGAUUCUAAAGAAUUGAGUAAAUGCAUUGAUCUUAUAUGAAUCAAAUCACUACCUUGUUUAGCUGCCUUUUACUUGCACAUGGCUCCAAUCUUGCAAUGUGCCCUGGGAGUAUCUGCCAUUUUAGUAAGCCUUGAUAUGAACGGAAAUCGACAUCUCCUUCAUUGAUUUUCCUUGGAUGGAGAAACGUUCAAAGAUUGUAAUUUGUAAAUCAAUGACCCCUUUUGUUGUUAUUGUUGGUGUUGGCACUUUUCAGAUAUUCUAGAACUGGGAACUUAUUAGCUUUUGGUAUUGCUGUAUCUAGAGGUAAUGCUAGUAACAUUUGUUGAAUUGGAGAAAAGGUUAGAUAGCUGAUGUUGAGUGGGGAUUUCACUGAUUUGUAGAAGUACAUACCUAAGUUGGAGCUUGUAAUGCCAGACAAAUGCUUUGGUUUCUUUCUUCCAUUUGUGGCUAUUGACUGGUAA